AUGUCUCGAGUUCAUGAGCUCUAUACUUCAGCAAGCGGCGCGACCCGUGCGAAUCAGGACAUAGAGUUCCUCACUCGCUCGAUGAAAGACCUCACCUCUGGUCUUAGUAUCAACAAGCCACUCGAUCAACUGAGCGAAACCGAGGAAUCAUUAAACCGGCUUGUUAUGGAAUGUCGCAAAUGGACAGAUGACCUCCUGGCGCUUCUGGAUAAGAUCAAAACGCGGCAUUCACGCAGCAGCUUGGAAGCUGUGAAGGCUAUGAUCCGGAAUAUAAGAAAGAAUCACGACAAGAUGAGGCUAAUAGAAACCUCCGCAAAGUUGGACGAGAUUAUCAAACUUAGCGAGUCACGCGAGAAGAGUAUGGAAGCUCUGAUGCAAAAUACUUGCAAUCUUCGUGCUGCUGUAAAUGCAACAAGUCUUUCCGGCAAUGCUUUAAACGACAUCAAUUCUGUGUUCACGGCCACUGAUGACAUUGUCCUGCAGUUCUGGCAGCGGAAAGUGCUAGACGCUUUGCAGUCAAACGCCACAAAUGAAAGAUACAUUGCCGUAGAGCCCGCUCAUGCAAAAACAUUCGAGUGGCUAUUUGACGAUACACAGGAUACAUGCACUACGGAGCUCGCUCAAGGCAGAGAGGACGAGGCUUUAAGUGCUCCAGUAACACCGAAUCAUGACGCUGGUUCGAGCCGACAUCGCCAUCCUUACUUCAGUUCGACCUUCGUGAGGUGGCUGCGACAGGGGCAGGGUAUAUUCCACAUAAGUGGGAAGCCUGGGGCUGGUAAAUCCACCCUGGUGAAAUUCGCCUGUGAACACACCAUGGCUAAGAAGCAUCUGAAAUAUUGGGCGAAAGACGACAAACUGCUGUUCGCCAAAGCGUUUUUCUGGAAGCUCGGCACUGCGCCUCAGAUGAAUCUUCGCGGAAUGCUAUGUUCUAUAUUAUACGAGAUUGUACAACAAGCUCCCGAGCUCGCUGCAGCGGCAUUCCUGAGGCCCAACGACGUCAAAGACGCGUAUGCCAAGCUCGACUUCUCCACUGCUGAACUGGAGGAGGCCUUCGCAUCUAUGAUCGUCCAGGCAAACAAAGAUGAGACGCACAAGUUUGCGGUGUUCAUCGACGCCUUGGAUGAGUACAGUGGGGAUCAUGCCCACACAACUGAGAAGCUGAUCCACUGGGCCGAGCUUGGUAACGCACAAAUCAAGAUUCUCAUCUCCAGUCGGGAAUGGCCAGUCUUCACAACUAAGUUAGAGAAAUACCCGAAGUUUCGAGUUCAGGAGCUCACACAUGGCGACAUCUCAAUGUUCAUCAGAGAUCGGUCCGCUACGUGGUCGACAACAUUCGAUACAAUUCGUUCGGAUGAGGUCUCCCAACUCUCAGAGAUGAUUGCGAACAAAGCAGAGGGAGUUUUUCUUUGGGUGAAACUGGUACUCCAGGAAAUUGAGUCCGGCCUCUUCAACGGAGACGGGUUUCGAGAUUCGGCGCGGAAGCUCGCAAGCCUCCCGACGGAACUACAAGAUCUCUUUCAGCAUUUAUUUGAUUCUAUACCUGAAUCAGAUCGCCUGAAGGCGUCUACAUCAUUUCAAAUCUGCAUUGCCGCACGCAGGUUGUAUUCAUAUUUCAACGAGGUUAAUGACCAGUAUUUGUAUUCGGGCUCCGCCUCAUUACCCCUUCUUCGCUUUUGGUUCAUUGAUGAGCUCCUCGACAAUGAGAAUUUCACAAUACGCUCGCAUGGCACAGAAUCAACUCAAACCACAAUAAACCGGUAUGUCAACAUAACACGAAGACAGAUCAUUGGGCGGUGCAAAAGGUUUUUGGAUUUACAUGAAGACAAACACACUCUUUUAAAUGAAGGUGCUGUUGGUUUCAUGCACGCAACCGUGGUGGAGUUCCUGCAUCAAAAACAUAUAGCGAGCUCACUCAUCUCCACGAUUCGACACGACCGAGUUUUGGGACUUUUCAGACAGUCACUCUUGGCUGACAUCAAAUAUCUUCCUCGAGCCGAGUAUAAUAGCAGCGACCCUGGUAUACAGAGAGAACCAAACUUUAUCGCGGAGCUCAAGAGCACCAUCAACGAGUGCGUAAGGCAUUUCGAUUCGGAAUCCCCCGAGACACACAAGAAAACUCAGAAGACCAAACUGAACAGCUUUCUUUCACAAAUGGACAUGUUCAUGGCAAAACGUUAUGCAGAUUUACAAGUUCCUCGAUCCUGGUACGUCAUGCUUGGCUACGGGCAAGAUAAGUCCAUACAUGUCGGCAUCAGCAGCAGGAAAGAGGAAAGAGUCUCCAAUGCCGCUUUGAUUACGUGUUUAGCUGCCUAUUGUCGACUCUGGGAAUACUUGGACCACAAAAGGCACUGUCUGCUGUUCAUGCGGCGCUGCGAUCAGCGAAGUGUCCUUGUUUGCGUUCUUUUCAGCCUCGUACCUCAGCAAAGACACUAUCGAAACCAUAUCCGCACAGCAAGUGCCUUUGAAGUUUGCUUCCAAAGCGGUAUGUCACUGAAUGGUCCACUCGGGCAUGAAGAUGAAGCCCAAGGGGACGAGAAAUACAGCCUAUUUGAUCGGCUUUUACUCGUGCUGGCAUGUGACAUUGAAUCUAUUGAUAAAUUGUCACUUGAUAGUUUCGAAACAAAUGAUAGCGACCCUAAAUUCUAUCGUCCGAUGGAGCUGAUAGCGCUCUUCUUACGGUAUGGGGCUGUCUCAAGCAUGCGAAUCGAGUUUGAACGGGUCGAAGAACUCGAUAGUACGGAAGAGGGCGCAAGACAAAUGAAACGUAACCCCAAGCUAUAUCCUUUCAAAAAUGUUCAGGAUAGUGUUGUGGUCACGUUCUAUCCUGUAAUCCGACGCGCUGGACUGCAUGAGACCAAGAAGCUGUAUCGGGUCAUGUCCGACUCGUCAACAAAGUUUGUACAAUAUGCACUAAGAAGAGGCGGCAAGCUAUCAUUUCAAGAUCUUCUGAAGUUCUGGUUUCCCCGUAACUACGCAGCUAUGCUCGCGAUGUUAGAGACGAACGAGAAAGUCACCAGCAGCGAGGUGCGGGGAACACAGAUAUAUCCACUGCCCUUCCAGCCUGAAGCUGAGCCUUUUGGUGUACUAUUUCCCAGCGCAUCUCAUCGGAUGUUCCCAAAGAACACCGUGACGUGGGAUAUGAACCCGCCUUGGUAG